UUACUGGCUGUCAUGUCUUGAGAUGUGAGCUGUAUCACAGGCUUGUGACAGGUUAGUGGGAGGGCCCUGACCAGACGGAUACUCAUCUUCCAAAUUUUGUCACUGGAUCUAUGAGGUGUUGUGUCUUAGAAUAGCCCAACAGAGAGUAUAAAGAGACCCGCAGGGAGGCUUGGCCUUCAGAGGAACAGCUCCACUGUUGAUACACAGGAGACACUGGACAGAAAGAGAACCACACUGAGAAGAACUGACUGAUCUUUCUGCAGGACAACAACUGACUUCUCAGAGAUUGAAGAGAAUCUGCUCUGAUUUUUAAGACUUAAAGGAGGUCAAACUCACUUGGAAACUUGGAAUUUGCCAGUUUUUCUGCAAGAACAAAGAGAAGUCUGACUCUGACUAGGAUGAAGUACUAUCAGUGCCCCGUGUCCCAGACCAUGGGAAUCAAGGCUUACACCGAGGACUGUGGUGUCCCAGUCAGCUGCAAGAGCUCUGCUUCUCUGAAGCCGAUCCGCAGCGUCCACUUCCCCAAUGACAUUGUUUUCCAGGACUAUGUGCGACACGGCGAGCUGGAGAGAAUUGGGUGUUUCAUCCGAGCCAGGAGAGUCAGCCUGGACACCAUCUACCACUCUGGCAUGGCUGCCAUUCAUGAGGCCGUCCUGUCUGGGAACCUGGAGUGUGUGAAGCUGCUGGUCCACUACGGAGCAGAUAUCCACCAGAGAGAUGAGGAGGGAUGGACCCCACUGCACAUGGCCUGCAGCGACGGUUUCCCACACAUUGCACGCUACCUCCUCUCGCUUGGUGCAGACCCUGAGCUGGAGAACGACUGCGGGGAGAAGCCGGCCGACCUCAUCGACCCGGACAUCAAGGAGCUGCUGGAGCUCUUCGGGCUGGCAGUCAAUGACUGAAAACACCUGGCUCUUAAAACCACAAACUGAUGCCCCAUCGUCCGACUGCUCUGCAGUAAUGGACAGAAAAGGCCAUGUCAGUGCAGCGUCCUGAUCUUGUGAGCUGCCUCAGCUCAGGAGUUCAGAGACUGUGGAUGUCUGUGGGCUGACAGAGCCGGCUGGCUGCCUCCCGAUUGGAUUGACUCCUGAUUGCUGGCAGAGGAUCCCCUCUGAUCUCUGAUCUUUUAUACUGCAGUGAACUGAAUGAAUGACUUGAUUUUAAGUUGUUGAUUGUAUUUGGCAUGUCGCUGGAUUUCAGAAGGCUUCUGAAUGUUGUGAAACUUGAAGCUGUUGUUUCUGCUCAGCUGAUUAGCACCUCUAUGACAGCAUGCCCUCCUCUGUAGGCUAAGAUUAGAAAAACCAUACAGGCUUGUGUGGUCAGCCCUAUUAACACAUUUGUUUACAGUUGAUCAAGUGUUUUUUUUUUUGUCUAUUCUUGAUAAGUUUAUGUGACUCAACUGUAUUAACUUGUACUUAUUUGAUAAUGGCUUCUUUUUUAUACUUUUCUAAAUAAAUUUUAUCAGA